AUGUUAUCGAAAGUCGUGAUACUGGGAACAAGGAGAAAUAUUGUCAGAAACAACAUUCUUCAUAGAAUACUGAGAAGCUAUUCGUAUGUAAAUUUUCCUCAAGGAGACUCUAUCGAGUCUCCGAAGCCUACAUUAAGUCAGUUUAAGAAUCCAUUAUUUCACUGCUUUUUAAUUGCAUCAACAACGUAUAUUGUGCUUCAUAUUGUAUGGACAAGCUUAUCAUCUAGUGAAAAAGAAGCAAAAUUUGUUGAAAAGACUAAGGUAUUGGAGGAUAGAAUUCAACAAUUAGUAGAUGAAAGGAAGAACGAAUUUGAAUCCACGAGGAAAUGGUCCAAUAUGUUUAAAUUUUGGAAAUAA